UGAUCGAUUUCCUUUAAAAUUUGUAACAUCGAUUCCUCUCCAAGCUUUGAUCCAAGACACUAUGUGAAAGUUGGACUGGUGUAAGGACUGUCGAGAUGUCUGGGAGAAACUGGCGCGGUGUUUAAGCAAGACAAAAAGUUGCGAGCAAAUUCAAGAAAUUUCUUUGACGUGUGCCACUUAUUCAAUGGCUUACAGGGGUUGCCUUACCCUGUACUGCGGUCACUGCAACACAGGGCUGGCUACCGUGGAUAUUUUAAUGUUAGCUACAGUUCCUCCAUCAGCGACGCAUAUGGCCAUUAAGAAAGAGAAGGAAGAAGAAGCCUACAAAACACUUAGAAAGAUUCCAAACCCUGACGCUAAAAAAGCCUCUUUUUCUCCUUACAAAAUUCUUUGCAAACAGUGCAAUGAUUACGUGGGUACAGUCAGCAUUGUACACGAAAACACCCUGAUUUGUUUCAAGAUUGAAAACGUAUAUUUCAAAAAGGGGUAUGAGGAAAUCAGAGGGAAAAGAUUGAAGCACAUUAAAGACAAACUUUUGCGGUAUGGCCUUGAGGUUGUUAAUAUUUCUCAGCUACAACUUCCAGAUGCUAUUGAACAGAAUGAAACUCCUUCAGAGCCGUUGAUUUAUUGCGAUGUACAGAACGGCCUAACUACGGAGCAAGUCUUGUCUUUUACGAAGCAGAUCCCGCGCGGAUAUCAACAAGAAAUGUUUCUGAAAGCCUUGCGCGGAAACACGCUGGUCUACCUUCCCACGGGCUCGGGCAAGACUUUAAUUGCAGCCAUGGUGCUGAGCUGUAUGAAGAAACUAAACCCAAACAAAUUGAUGGUGUUCUUGGUGGACCGCAUACCACUUGUGUACCAACAGAGAGACUACAUCAAGUCCCAAGUUCCAGAUCUCAGAGUGGAGAUAUUAGCGGGAGAUGUUGGACGUUUCCCGGGCGAUAAGUCGCGUUGGAUAGCCACCGUUCAGGCGCUGGCAGAGAAUAAAAUCGAUCUCCUGGUUUUGACCCACCAGAUUUUGUUAAACCUUAUGGCCAGUGAUCCUGUGGUGGUGCGCAUGUCUGAUAUUUCUGUUCUCGUUUUCGACGAGGCCCAUCAUUGCCUUGGAAAUCAUUGCUACAAUCAGGUCAUGAGAGAUUUCUACAGGGUCACAAGUAACAAGUUUAAGCCUCUAGUGCUGGCGCUGACUGCCUCUCCAGCAGGCGCCGAUACACUCCAGGCUACGUCGAAAAAGUUGGAGGAACUUCUGUCGAACCUAUCCGCAUGUGGGCGCAUGCCUUCUCGGUCUACAGACCUAGAGGUGUACUGGAACCGACCGGAUACAGAAUAUCAGGUGGUUCCUCUUAACACCAAGCAAACAGUAUUUGAAUCAAACGUGGAGUUGUACCUCAACUCCUUGAAAGAGCUUAUCGAAUGUGAAGCCAAAUGUCCGCGAGCGCUUGACAAGUUGCAAGUUCUAAAACACAACUACCGCGGUGCUUUGCGUAAGUUGAUUGAACGUUGCUAUGGUGACAAGAGCCGCGUAAAGGGCUUGGCGCUUGGGGAACAUGCCAUGCACAUGCUCAGUGUGAUUGAAGUGAACAACAUCUUGGGGAACGAGUAUGCUGUGGAGUGUCUUGAAGAGUGCAUUAAACAGCUUCGAAUGGCCACAUCCCCUUUGGAACGGCUCAAGAAGAAGCUCGUUGGUUCCUUAAAUGCGCUAAAGGUUCUAGAAUCGUCGAUCAAAGACCUCAGACGAGUUUCAAGCUUUUUCGCGUUCAGCGACAGGUAUCAACACCUCACCAAGGAACUUGAAAAUUUUAUUCUUCGAGUUGAAAAAGACGAAACUUCCAGAGGGAUCAUUUUUGUCAAAAUGAGGAGGACUGCCCACAAGCUCUGUGAACGGCUACGGAAAGAAACUGAAAUUUGCGAAAAAUUGAACCCAGCCUUCCUCGUCGGUCAUGGGCGGGGAAGCGAUGGAAUGGACUGGAGAGGAGAACAAGAGGAAAUCCUCAAGAAGUUACGAUCUGGAGAAGUUAAAUUACUUGUCAGCACGAGCGUUUUAGAGGAGGGACUGGACGUACCAGUGUGUAACCUGGUCAUCCGCUUUGACAGCGCACUGACUGUACGGGGAAUAGUGCAGAGUCGCGGGCGAGCAUCUCGCAGACCCGACAGCCGGUUUGUCGUCAUCUGCAGUGAUUGCAAAGAGCAAACGAACGCGUUCGAUGCUAUCGAAAUUGAAAACAACAUGGAACGCGCAAUGAGGUUGCAACAAUAUUUCACAGCACGAUUACAGGCAGAGUCAUUCGGUUGUGAGAUGAAGAAACCAGACUUGAGCCAACGGUCACAUCUAGUUGAACCGCCGAACAUGGCAUGCACAGAAGAGGAACCACAAGCUGAGGAAGAGGAUGAUGACGUGGAAAAUGAAUACAGUGUCGAAGCAAUGACCAUCCAUGAACGAGGAGAAAGUCUCGCAUCAGGAGGACCCAGAAAGAGAAGAAAGAAGCGUGUUCCAAAUGUACGAAUCGCUAUUUUCAAUGUUGUCACAGAUAGAAACAACAACAAGGAAGUUAGCCAACUGACAGAAUACUUCGAGAGAUAUUUUGAUUUGAAGUCCUUGGCGCCAGAAACCUCUGAAGUUGUUAAAGAUUCUGAGAGUUCAGCAGGCGAGGAGGAGAGCACUUCGGACCAAAGUCACUCAGUCAUUCUUCGCCUACAGUUAGAGCCUUGUGAAGACCAAAUUUUCCGCAAAAAAGAAAAAUUCUUCACUCAUAUCGUUCAGUCGUGGUGUUCGCGUCCCAAAGCGUAUCGAUCUGAAACGGAGAAGCACUGGUUAUAUCGAGAUGAGCCCUCACAGAGUCAAAAGUAUUCCAAACAGGUGCUUGUCAUCAAAGCAGAAGCCAUCAAUCUGGGGUACUUUUGGAAUCGAGCGCAUUUCUGUAUUCACUGGCCUUUCAACUCCACCAGACGGAUGGAAAACAUUCGCGUUGCGUUUCAGCAUGAUCUGCGAACAUUGUUGAUCUGUUUUACAAUGGCUAAUCCAUUCAGUAAAUGGAAGGCAGAUCUGUACAAGCUGCAAAUACGUUACAGCGAACUGAGAGAAUUUGUAUUGGUGGACAAACGGAGCUCAUCUUCGUCUCAAGAGGUAAUAAUCUCCCUGAGGCAUCCUCCACGCAUCUAUAGAGCGAAGAAUUUAAUCAAGAAAGAGCAGGAUGACGAAGAAAACGACUUUGAAGAUUGGUACUUCGAUGAGAACGACUACGACUUCGAUUUUGAUGACGAUCGUGGCUUCUCCAGCGAGUACUCGAGCGAUUCCGAAGAUGAUCAAACGACUUCCGGAGUCAACCGCAGUAGUGCCGAAAGUACUCAAGUGAAGUCCGAAGAUGAUACCGAAGCUCUUUUGACGAGUUCGGAUCUCGCGCGAAUUGACGACGUGGUGAAUUGGGAGCGUGUUACAGAAAUCGGAGACAGCGGGGAAGCUUUUGGUUUGUGCUUCGCCUACAACUUUACCUUUAAGGCGAGUGAAUGGCAACAUGUCAAAGAGGUACUUAAAAGCAUUGCUAGAUAUGACAAGAAGUCGUUCUUUGUUUCUAUGCGCAAAUCUGUGAGACGAUUACCAGAGGUGAACAUUUCCAAGGAGUUACCUUUUGUCGUCAAAUACGCCGCACAAUGUGUUCUGAGUUCCUUCCCAUUCGCCAGGGGUAGAAUCACGACCAAGUUCGCCACUUUGCUUGGAAGCAAACCUGAAAAAACAACAUUGUCUGCCUUGGAAAGACUUGGCACGGCUCUCCAUCGGAAUUUAUUCUGCGAUCCAGAGGCCCGACUCGAAGCCUUGCUGAACGAAACAAAUUUGAAUCUAGGGGGAUUCCCAAAGCAACUGCUACCCGAUCAGUGCGCCAUGAUAAAACGGAUGGUGAUUACACCCACAAGGCUCCUUUACUACACACCAGAGAUCAUGUCCAAAAAUCGUGUCCUUCGCAAUUACAACACAGACCAGUUUUUGUGUGUGAACUUUCGUGAUGAAGACUUCUCGAGGCUCUCAUCCGCAGCUGGAGCCAUUGAUAACAUUUUAGAACGUUUGAGGCGGAUCUUGGACAGCGGAGUGAUCGCAGGCGGGGAUAGAUUCCUUUUUUUGGGAUCUUCCAAUAGUCAGUUGCGCAAUCACGGCUGCUGGUUUGUUCGUCCCAGUCCUCAGCCAGAGGAGAUAAGAAAUUGGAUGGGAGACUUUUCUAGAAUAAGCUGUGUUGCCACAUUCAUGGCGCGAAUGGGUCAGUGCUUUUCGACAUCCAUGGACGCAGUUGGUAUCGACCUCAGUGAAGGGACCGAUUGGGAAAUGGAUAACGACAUUAAAACACUGGAUGGUAGCUACUGCUUCUCCGAUGGUGUGGGAAGAAUUUCGGAAUCUCUUGCUCGCCAGGUCGCCAAGAAGAUAGCCAAGACCUUUUUGCCUUCCGCAAUCCAAGUUCGCUUUGCUGGAUGUAAAGGAGUUCUAACACUUGAUCCCAGGCUUCCAGACAACAUAGCGGUCUUCCGCCCGAGCAUGCGCAAGUUUGAAAGCUCCCAUCGACGGAUUGAAGUGCUACAGACCUCUCGUCCCCAGGCCGUUUUCUUGAAUCACCAGUUGAUUAUUCUUUUGUCGAAUCUCGGUAUCCCGGAUGAUGUAUUCAUGAAAUUACAGCGUGAUAUGUUGGACCGAUUGGCAGGAAUGCUUGUAAACGAACAGCUGGCUUCUCAGCAGAUGACUUCGGGGGCCAAAACUGGCAUCGCUUACACGAGCCUGUCUCAAGCUGGAAUACAACUGACUACUGAACCCUUUUUUAAGUCUUUGUUGGUAGCACUGUACAAAGAGCGAAUGCAAAAUCUGCUUAGUCGAGCCCGCAUUCUCCUUCCACCAGCGGAGGCUCGACUUAUGAUAGGUGUCAUGGAUGAGACGGGGACCUUAAAGCCAGGCGAGGUAUUUGCACAGUAUUCAGCGACUUCCAAUGACCCUGAUCACGAAGGAGAAUUCAGUAAAUCAAAAAAGCAUAUCCUCAAAGGACCGGUAGUGAUAACAAGAAAUCCUUGUCUCCAUCCCGGGGAUGUCAGACAGCUGACCGCAGUAUACGCGGCUCAACUCGUUCAUUUGGUGGACUGUGUCGUGUUUCCUAAUCAUGGACCACGCCCUCAUCCGAGUGAAAUGGCAGGUGGAGAUCUCGAUGGCGACCUGUACUUUGUCUGCUGGAAUAAAGAGCUUUUGCCAAAGAGAAAACUUUUUCCACCGAUGAAUUACGAAGCACCCCCUAAAAAAAUAGUCCACGGACCAAUUCAAAUACAUCACAUGACCGAAUUUGUAGCCGAGUAUAUCCGGUUUGACCAGCUUGGUGUGAUUGACAACGCACAUAAAGCACAUGCCGAUUGUGACGAGGGAGGGGUCGAGUCGUCACUAUGUCUUAAAUUAGCUGAGCUUCAUUCAUUAGCAGUUGACGCUCCAAAGACGGGGAAAUGGCCCGAAAUGCCCAAAGAGGCGAAAGUCUUAAAGUUUCCUGAUUUCAUGAUGAAAUCCGACAAACCCAGCUACCCUUCAGACAAGGUUUUGGGAAAGCUUUAUCGGGAGUGCAGAGCAUUUAAAGACAGUAUAGGGAGAGAGGUUCCACGAAAGAAACCACACAUCGACUCCGCUUUAUUAGUGCCCCAUUUCCAGAGGUACCAAGACGAAGCAAAGGAGCUGUAUGAGGAAUACUCCAACCAGCUUCAAACGCUGAUGAACCUCUACGGAAUUGAGACAGAAGCCGAGCUGCUCUCGGGCUGUUUUCUUAAAGUACACUCUCGUCUUGGAAGAGAAAAAGUCGAGAUUGCUGACCUAGUUGGGCAAAUUCUCACUAAAAUACGCGAAAGCUUUCGGAGAAGGUUCUUCAGAGAGUUCGAAGUGAACGAAGAUAUUCGAGGAGCCGAAGAUGUUAUUUCCGAAGAAAUGCGAAGAAAGGCCUCGGCCUGGUAUUACGUGGCGUACAGCAACAAGCAAUCGACCGACGCAGCAGAAAAUGUCCCGGAUGGAACCCCUUCAAAGCAGUUCUUAAGCUUUCCGUGGCUGGUUGAUGACGUUAUGCUGUCAAUCAGAACAGAAAGAGCAUUUGAGGAACAGGAGUCUCCAAGCAUCGUAGAGUCGAUUAAUGAAAGCGUUUUGAAGGUCUUUGAGAAAGACAGAAGAAUUCUCUUGCCGUGUUUUGAAGAAAGACUUCAGAAAAAGAAUCUAAUUUCUAGAGAAAUUCCUGGAAUGAGUCUUGCUUUAUUCGGUUCUUCAGCGACACUUCUCUUCAGAACAGAUUCGGAUCUUGAUCUUUGUGCGCUAAACUCUGUGCGCAUCGCGCGACGAAAAGGAUUGGAUCGAGAGGAACAGAUCGCCUUAUUGACGAAAUUACACCCAAUCAUGAAGAAGCUGUUUAAGCAUGCGCGUCUGGUGGAGUCCGCUAAGGUUCCGGUGAUUUCUUGCCAGAACCCGUCCAAUUAUGGGGGUCCCUUGGUUAAAGUAACAGGUGAUCUCUCAGCCUCAUGGGAAGGUCUCCUCAAAGCUAUUGUGUUAUCCAGCUACAUAAGAUCAUACCCAGGUCUCUUGCCAGUUCUCCGUCUCCUCCUCAGUUGGGGUCAUGUGACGGGGCUCGCAGGACAUGGUGUUGAGGCAGGGAUUAAGUCAAAUGAGCUAACUUUCUUGUUGCUGAUGUUCUGCGCUUCCAAGAAUUUGGUGCAAAAUUUCAACAUGGAAAGUGUUUGGGAAAGGUGCUUACAGAUUUCAACUGGACAAGUGAGCGACAUAGUUCUUAUCCAGGAGUGGCGAGAUGUUCUUGCAUCUUUACCGUCAUUGGAAUCCUCAGAAAACGAGGCCAGUGUUCCAAUCACUCUCGGUGAUGAAGAAAUCGGUGAGAUCCUGCUGACUUUUUUCCAAGCUUACAACUCCACCCUCGAAGCAGAAAUUCCUCAACCAUUUGCGUCACUAUUAGGCGUGGCCAAACUAUCAGAACUGCUGGACGCAGAACACUUGCGCCUGCUCAAGGAGCACAUGCAACGCGCUUUUCAUCUGUUGGCACUUUACGGUGACGUUGAAGUGCUUCUUACAAUCAGUGCAUCAGAAAUCGACCGUGUUAUUUUCUUGUCAGAGGAGCUGUCAUAUGCCAUGGCGGGCUCAGAAAGGCAUAACGCGUAUGAGUUGUCGAAAAAGACUGGUGCGAGAGUAACAAUUCGUCCCAGUCUCCCCGGAUCAGGAUUUGGUCUUGUUCUUCAAGCUAUUGGUACUGAGUCUGCUGUGGCGUCAGUAGAGCGAGCACUGAAUGCCAUGGCAACGCAAGCCUUGCGUAAUAGGGCUGCCAUCAUGUCAGUUUGCUUCGUUAAGGAAGCCAAACUCAUGGUGAUAGAAGGUUCUCUCAGUGACGAUGACCGCAUCACUUUGGUGCCGUACUACGGAAAUCACCACCCCACCCAUGAUAGUCUGGCUUUGUACGUGCCCAUGCUGAUAAAUCCGAGAUCUGACCUUAGGCGUAUAGGAGCCGCCUUUACCCGAUAUGAGUUCCAAAGCUUUAAGGAGAAGUUUCUCACUCAAGUUAAGGUGAUAGAGAGGGAUUUUGUGCCUUCCAUUCACGGUGAAAUGGAGUUCGCCGUUCACUUCGGACGCAUUUAUGUUUUAAAUAUUCCGAAAUCAUUUACUGAGGACACAGAAUCGCCAACUGUUAGUGUGUUCCAAACAAAUCUGUCACGUGGUUACAAACCUCGACCCAGUGUGCUCUCCACCACUCCUAGAAAUGACAAAAAGUACGUCAAGACUCUAAAAAGUCGAAAAGUUAAGAAGCGAAAGAACAACGAAGUCGGGGAGGAUGGCAAAAAGGCACCAAACCGGAAACCCUCUCGAAGCUCAUUCUUUACAAUCGUUACAUCGCAUGAGAAAAUCAUGGGUUUUCUGAUGCAGCGCGGGUUUUUAGAGGAAAAAAGCUCAGAGUCCUACCUGGUUGAAAUACACACGGAUCACGAAUUCUGUGUUCUCACAGAUGGAGCUUUUAAUUUUCUCGAAAUCAUGUAUCCCAAGCUGCGCUGGUGUGCGGUAGAUGUGAAGAGGUCUUGGCGGGAAAAUCCCGAAGAUCAUGACAUCACUGAUCUAGACGGAGUCGAGACUGAUGUCCGUUUCUUAUUACAGACCCGCCAUGCACUGCGCUCAGAGGACAUACGUGGAACUGCUUAUGAACAGUACCGUGAUACCUUGCAGCCUCAACAUUCCGCACAGGCUUCCCGAUGUCCUUAUGUAGUUAAACCGGAAGUUUGGAAGGAGGUGGCCUUGAUUCGACACAAAAAGUCCCGGAUAUACAAGCUGAGCGAAGACUUAGCAAUGCAAAGCGAGUUUAGGAAAGCCCUUCGUAUCAGUGUGAACGAGGUUACUGAGUAUUCUCGACCCACAAAACACGUAUCUGACUUCAGUAAAGUUAUGACACGAUGGGAAGUUGUCACCAAGGCUGGAUUACCCAACAGUUGGAGUAAUAGCGAAGCUGUGGAGAAGCUAUUGAGGGAUAUCUGGGCCUUUGCUUUUACUUUGGCCUCGCAUUUAUCCGACUAAAAGAAAAGACACUGAACUGUUUUAUCCUAAGUGACAGAUUUUUUUUCUCUCCACAAGCUUGUGUAAGUUAGCUCGCUCCGCCAUUCAUAGCGAGUGUAAAUAACGCGAUAAAAGUCUCUCAGAGCUUGAGGUGCUAAAGCGAGAGAAACCCGCCACCCAUUUGAUAAGGCUGAUCUUGAUAACUGAGGACUUACUCUUUAGAACAAUGGCAAUUACUUUGAAAUGCGAUGCUAGCUUGACUUCAGAAGAAUAGAUUUGUGCGGCUCUACAAGUAGCUGUAAUUUGUAGUGGGAAAUUCAGCCAGAGGUUGUUUCCAAAUCUCAAGAACGUGGAAGAAGUAUUUCCCCUUAGCUAUAGAGCUGUCGAGGUUUCCUUCCCCCGGCCUUUAAUUCAUGUAAAAUCGAGUUUGACCCUUUACACUCUAACAUCAGUAUGCAUAUUCUCCAUACUACUCUCUACACAUUUCCUGGGUUACUGAGAAGGAGAAUUUGUUAAACAAUCAAGAGCAUUUUAAGUGGUUGAUUAUAUCCUUUCUUCCUGUGACAAUAAUUUGUGAUUCAGGAACGAUAUUGGAAGGAGAAAUUAGAUGUUGGUCACUCUUAGGCAUCAAAGGACUAAGUUCAUAUGACAACAUUCCCUGUUUAUUAAUUUCCAUGGGACAAUAAAGCGAUUCA